CUGUAAAUCCGAGGGUUUCUCGUUCUUUUGUAUUCUAGGGUUUUUUUGGUGGUGGAGGUCUCAGAGUCAGGACUGCCAAGGCGAACCUCGGCAAAAGCCUGUGCGUUUCUUCGUUUUGGGUAUUCUGCUUCGAAAUAGUAUUUGUUUUAUUUCAAGGGUUUUUUGUUUGUUUAAAACCUUAAAAUUAAGAUCAAAUCGUUUUCAAUACAGUACCAUUAUAUCUCCCUCCGUUGUCGCUGGAUUUCACUUCCAAUGUCGAUGAAGAGGGAUUUUGUGGGUUCGCCAUCAUCAUCAUCAUCGUCGAAAAGAACAAGGUUUGAUUUUGAUGAUUCUGAGGUAUAUCUGAUUUACAAUCUCCAUUGUGGUCCUGUUAGAUAUGUGAUGUACAAGCUUCAUACUAGUGCUAUCGGUAAUGAUGAUGAUAAGGGAAACGAUUCGACUAGGAUACCAAAUUUAACUACUGUAUUUGAACUGCCUAGUGAGAAAUAUCCCGGCUCUAUGGGCUCUUUCGCCCUGGGCUCUAGGAUCUAUCUGCUCGGGGGUCAAGUCGGACUUCACGGUGAAGUCGAUUUCGUUCUCCAGGAAGGCAGCAAUACUGAACGCAUGUCCAAAAAAGUGUAGUUCUUUGAUACUGCAGCUGCCAUUUCCUCCUCCUCUUCACCUUUAUCGGUGGCACCUCCUAUGGAAGGUGGGAAGAGGUCACCGCGGGCAAUUCACGUGAAUGGGAUGGUAUACGUCAUUUCAGAUAUUCCUAGUUUCUAUACUUGCUACAGUGAGGAGGAGCCAUUAUUCGAGGUUUUCGACCCACUGGGUAAUGAGGGUGAGGGAAAGUGGUCUUCCUUGCCCAGACCUCCUUUCUAUUGCCGCUCUAGUAACCAUGGGAGCCAUGAGAUUAACGGUGCAGGCAGGAUUGUCUCGCAUGCUGUUGUUGGCCAUAAGAUUCUUUUCUUCACCACCAAACAGGACCCAGUGAACGUUUUUGAUGUCUUCUACCGCCGAUGGAUGUCUUUGAAGGUCUACAACGGGCGUAAUACCAACCGUUUGCCCUUUAGGGGGGCAGCCAUGCCGAUAUUUGACUCUGCGUGGGCUGCCAUUGGUACUUCUCUCGGCUGUAUGUCCCCCAUUAGUACUUUCAAUCUCACGGCAGAUUUUGGAUUGGUAGGGAGAGAUGUCGAAGGCCUCGAGAACCGUUAUACUCACAAGCCACCUCUAGCCUAUGGCAUUUAUUACCGUCUCCUUGACAUGGGGAAUGGUUGGUUUUGUCUUCUCAAAUUUGGCAACGACGAGGAGGGCUUCAUCUUCGUCAAAGGGAAGGCAUAUGUUUCUGCUACCAUCUUUCACCUUGUCAAAAAGCGCACGGAUAAGGUCUCUUUUGGCGAAUCAAAAUAUUGGCUGGGUCAAAGAUUGUUGCCCUUGCUCCCACCGGGUGUCCGAAUGCAUGAUUACAGCGAGGUUAUUGGAGAGAUUCAAGUAUUUGGUGCUGAAGGACUCCGCAACUCUUUGUUUGCCCCUGGGGUCGAAAACUACAAUACAACUUAUGCCACAUUUGGUUGCUUCGUUAUGACCAAACAAUCUACUCCCUUGUAAUAUCCAGUUGGUCUUGGGAAGUAGCACGCAGUUAAUCCUGUAGUGAUGGCUUGGAUCGAGUUGGAGAGCUUGCUUGAUAGUGGUAAUGAAGCUUGGAUUGGGUAGUCUCCUUUCUUUCUUUCUUUCUUUUCUUUUUCUGAGUGUGUAUCUAAGAACACCCCGUUAUUAUAUGGUUUGAUGAGACAUGAUACUUAAAUUAUGUAGAUUUCAUUUGCUGAUAAUUGCAGUUACUUUUUCCUGGAGUCAAGACAACCAAGGAUCUCAUUCGUACUUCCUGUUUCAGGUGGAUGUGCGGAAGCAACUUAUACAGAACUCUGCUAACAUGAUCAACCUUGAACAACUGGAUAUAUGACCCGUAUCAUCAUCCGAUGUACAAGGGGCAAUUCUAUGUACUUAAUGGUUUAAAAGAGCAAUCUAGCGUGUUUCUGAUUAGCGUGCAAACAUUUUUAAAGUGUUCUUCUGAAGCAGCUGAUUCUUUAGUUCAUCCGUCCAUUUCCUUCCAAGUAUGCCUGGAUAGAUAGGGAGGAGGGUUUCAAUACCUCUGGUCAUAGAUUUCGCCCUCAAACCCUCUGAACGGAUACUUGGUAUCAUCAAUCAUGUAUGCAAUUUCCAAUAAGUGCAAAAUGCACCAUGUAUUAAUCUUCCAUAUUUGAAGAGAGCAGUUGCAAUAGCUUACCAAA